UAAUGAUAACUGACGAUGAGAUGUAUUUUAUUUUAUUUUUCAAAAAAAUACGUUCAGUGUAUUACUACCUUGAGGAUAUAAGAAUGUAUUAGAUUAAGUAACCUGAAAUGAUGACGGAAGAGGAACUGCCAAAACCUAUGCAGGAUUCUGAGGAAAAGUUAGAUAUUCGCUGCUCACCAUGCUCCGAAAAGGGUACGGUCAAGGAAGCUGAAAAGUUCUGCAUGGAAUGCAAGUCAUACCUUUGUGACAUGUGCCUGCAGUACCAUGAACAGUUUCCGGCGUUACGGUUGCACCAGGUGGUAGACAAAUCUCAAAGCGGAAGUGACUCCGGUGUGACCGGCGCGCCUAAAGAAAGGUGCUCUAUCCACCCUGGACAUCGUGUAGACAGAUACUGUAAAGACCACGAAGAAAUUUGCUGCGAAGCCUGCAUAACAAUUAAACACAGGUCCUGCGUGAAAGUUGAUAAUCUGACUGAUGUAGCGAAAGGGAUCACAGACAGUAAAGAGCACAAGGAUAUAAUAAAAGGCUUGGACAGUAUUAUCAAACGAAUCAAAACGAAAAAAGAAAAUGGGACAAUAACCCUAUCAUGCCUUGAUAAAAAGAAAGAUUCAGUCCUGAAGGACAUUGAUGAGUUUGAAGACAAACUAGUCAAGAAAAUAAAAGAAGCGGCAGAAGUUUCCAGGAAGAAAGUUGUGUCUAAGCAUGCUGAACACGUGAAAGCCGUUCAUUCAGAUAUUAAGAAACUAGAAACAGUAUUGUCAUUAGCCGAGGAUAGUCGAAACAACGUAUGUGCUAGUGGCCAUGAAGAUGCUCAAGUAUUUGUGAAUAUAAAGAAUGGUAAAAAAGUAGAAACAGAUGUACAGGCAAUUGUUAAAGAGCUGUCUAACAAUAAGGAUUCAAGUGACUUUUAUUACAGCUUCGAUAAAACGUUGUCGGAUACAGUCAUGACAGUGACGACGUUGGGAAACUUUGAUAAUGCCAGAUACUCGCUCUCUGCCACAAAGUCCAGAUUAUUUAAUGUUACGUCCAAGGAGGUAAAUGCCAUCUGUGUGUUUGAAAAUGGAUCUUUGGCAUUUAUCGAAUGUGCAAAUGAAACAUUAACGAGGCUGACUAGUAAUUAUGCACUUAUAGGUACCUGGAAAUUAAACAUGCAUCCAGUCUCUCUGUGUGCUUCUGGACAACAAGAAGUAGCGCUUGCACUGCGCGAUGAAAAUCGAGUACAGUUUAUUGCAUGGGAAGACGGAACAUUUUCGAUUGGGAAUUCAUUUAAAAUUCCCCAAAUAUGUGCAGGUAUUGGUUAUGAUUUCGAAUGUGACCAACUGUACAUUUGUUUUGCAGCGCAGUGGGGGUGGAACAAGUCGGGAAAGGUUGAUGUUUGCACGAGAAAUGGUACCCUUCUGAAAACCUACGUACGAGAUGAAGCUGGGACCCAGAUGUUCUCCUCACCAAACCACAUCGCCAUCUCUUCAAGUGCGGUUUACGUCGCAGACAGCAGAAAAGGGCUUGUUGCUUUCAACAAAGACGGUAAAAAACUAUGGACUUUUACAGAUGCAAAACUGAAGGAUGCAAGUGGUGUAUGUCUUUUGUCUGAUACAGAAUUGCUUGUUACUGGACUAAACUCAAAUAAUAUUCUACAUAUAACAAAUGACAGAAAGGAAAUACUAGCAUGUGAGUUUCUCGGAGCCGAAGAGUUAUUAAACAAACCAUUCGCACUGGCCUUUGACAAGCUAAAUUCUAGAAUAAUUGUGGGCUGUAAGUCAGAUGUCACAGUGAUAACCGAGUACACAUUGUCUAAAUUACCACGACAGGGACACUCAAAUUAUUCUUUGUUGAACAUGAAAGUUUGAACAAUAUGUAAAAAUGUGACGUGUUUCUGCAAUGAUUUUUCUCUCUUUGCUAAGAUAAAUGGGGGAGAGCGCAGAUCUACGAAUCGUGAGUUCGUGAAUUCGAUCUCAGUAUGUUAUCCGUGACUAUUUCAAAAAGAAAAUUGUGUCUAUAAUCAUUUGUUUAUUUAUUUGUUUAUUUGUUUACCAAAUAUGAUUCAUGUGGGGAAGUUGGCAGUUACUUGUAGUGUACAGGUUUUCACUGGUACAGAAUCCAGGAACACUGGUUGGGUUAUUACUACCCGCCGUUAUAUAACUGAAAUACUCGUGAACAACGGCGUUAAGCCCCCGACCCCACCCCCAACCCACCCCAAACCCACAAAAAAAAAAAAAAAAAAAAAAAAAAGAAAAAACGAAAACAAAAACUAUUCUUUACAUAGGCAUAUUACAAGUUAAUUGUCCCUUGUGCACAUUUUCAGCUAUCCAAAUGAUCAGUUUAAAUGAAUAAUGAAGGGAAUAAUAUUCAAGUAAAAUGUACUAAAAUCAGCAAUAUUGUAUUACUAGUAAGCCUCCAAAUUCAGACUAACACAAACUCUUCUUCAGAACUAUAAUUCGAUGAUAUCAUGUAGAUGUUGAUAUUAAAGAUAUCAAAUCAAAUGUACAUAUUUCAUUAAAAUACUUCAUUCUUACAUAUACACUUCAAAUAUUGAGUCAUUUUCAACCUCCAGAAACAACAUAUAUCAUAUCAUUUAGUUAUUCUAGAUGCACAUUUUUCAGUUUCUUCCAGUGUUCUUGUAGAUUUAUUCUGUCUUAUUAUAUUAUAUCAUAUGCCUCUCAAAAGCUAUCUAAAAGAGCACCGAA